UAAGCCUUUAAACCAAAUUGAUUUACUUUAAGAUGUCUGCAUGACAGACUUGUAUAAUGCAAAUUCAGUCUGGUGAUUAUGGAAGAAGGUGACUAAUGUAUUUUUAAAGCACUGCUGGCAUGUGCUUAAAUAUCAAGUGUUCUCUAGAUGUGUGUGGUUGUUAGUUCAGUGCUUUUGGACAUAUUCAGAUGAAUGUGGUGGGAGGGUGUAUGUGUUUUGUAUCUGUGUAUGCAAUGACAAAUCAAGCAAAUUGUCUCAUAUAAAAGGCUAAGCUGUACUCCUGGAGCAACACGCUGGAAAUUUUCUGCAGUGAGUAAUAAAGUGAUAAGGAGGCAAGGAUUUCUUGAGAACUUUGCUAUUAUCUUGCAACAGCAUUAGAACUUGUAACACUAAAUUUUUAAGACCUAAAGGCAAUACCUGCAGCAAUCUCCUGACAGAAGGCUAAAAUGAACUUUUAUAACCUUUUCAGGUCACCUUGUAAUGGAAGAAGGUGGAGCUGACCAUGAUAUUGCUAUGGAAGGAUCUAAUGAUUUGUUCAUAGGCAGCUGUAAUGGUACAGGAGAGUCAGAACCAAAUUAUCAGGUUUUUCAGAAGUUGCUACUCAAAGUACAUUUUACGGUUUUUCCUCUGUGAAAGCAACUAAUGUGCAUGGAUUCCAGGGAUCCAUUGUUUGGCCAGAGCGACUCUCCCCCAGCCCUGCCCAUCACAGUCCCUCUCUCGGGCAGUCCUCCAGCAUCGGCUGUACCGACGCGGCCGCCCCAGCCACACUCCCACUCUGCAGAGGAGUUGCACCUGGCAGAGCAGCCCAGGCAGCCCCUGUGUGAGCUGCAGCCCCUGGGAGGGCCCAGUGCACCCAUGAUGAUUGUUGCCAGCCAAUCAGAAAAUGGACAGGUGCUGCAUGUCAUUCCUUCUACCCAGCCAGGAGUGACCCAAGUGAUUAUUCCUCCAGGUCAGCUUCUGGAUGUGACCAGCACUCAGGAUAUUUUGGAAGAAAAGCGGAGUGAUGGGAACCUGCAGACUGUGGUGGUGGCUUCUCUAGCAGACAGUGCAAGCAGUUACAUUCUACAUCCACAGGCAUCUCUCACCAUAUCGAAAAAAGCAGCCACCAGGGUAGUGGAAGACUCUUUUCCCAUCCCUCUUCAGCCAUUGCCACUAAAUACGCCUGCAUGGGCGCGCCGUCUCAGGAACUGUGAGAGAAUUGGGGACUCGUACCGCGGCUAUUGUGUGAGCGAGACAGAGUUAGAGAGCAUUCUCACGCUACACAAGCAGCAAACACAGAGUGUGUGGGGGACGCGCCAGUCUCCAAGCCCAGCCAAACCUGCCACACGGUUGAUGUGGAAAUCUCAGUAUGUCCCAUAUGAUGGGAUCCCCUUUGUCAAUGCAGGAAGCAGAGCCAUUGUAAUGGAGUGCCAGUAUGGGCCAAGGAGGAAAGGAUUUCAGCCCAAAAAAUCUGGUGAGCAGGAAAGCACCUCUGGCCAGCUGUACAAAGCUACUUGUCCAGCAAGGAUCUAUAUUAAAAAGGUUCAAAAGUUUCCAGAAUACAGGGUUCCUACUGACCCUAAAAUUGACAAGAAAAUCAUAAGAAUGGAGCAGGAGAAAGCAUUCAACAUGCUGAAGAAGAACUUGAUAGAUGCUGGUGGUGUCCUCAGGUGGUAUGUACAGUUACCUACUCAGCAAGCCCACCAAUAUCAUGAAAUGGAAACUUCCUGCCUCCCUCCUUCACCAUCCCAUCUUUCUAUGUCUUCUCCUGAGGAGGAGGAGGAAGUCAUUAGAGAUGAGAACAGUACUCUGCCUUCUCGACUUCAUCCUCAAGUGGCAGACAAGAUCCGAGAACUGGUGUCUCAGGGAAUAGAGCAGGUCUAUGCAGUGAGGAAGCAACUAAGGAAGUAUGUGGAAAGAGAAUUGUUCACGCCUGAUGAAGUGCCAGAAAGACAUAACUUGUCCUUCUUCCCCACUGUGAAUGACAUCAAGAACCACAUUCAUGAAGUGCAGAAAUCCCUAAGAAAUGGAGAGAUGGUGUAUAAUUCAGAAAGUAUCCCAGCAACGCUGCAAUGGACCACAGACAGUGGGAAUGUCCUCACAGAAACAGUGACUGUUGCGUUUGCCUCACCACCUUCAGAUGGGAUCUCAGGAGCGGAGUCAGUCAUCACCAAAGCAGAAUCCAACCAGAGUGGGGAGUCCUUGAUACCUGAAACAGCUCAUAUGUUGUCUUCACUCUCUUCACUUCAGCCCAAGAUAUUUGCACAACUUCAGGGAUUACAGCUGCAGUCAACAUUUACCUCGACAAAUGGAUCAACAGCCCUGCUAGCUGUAAAUAACCAUUCCCCUCCCAGCCCUUCAAGUCUCCUGGAUUCCCUGGGGAGUGCAAUAAGCAGCCAUUCUCUAGCACUCAAUCAGACCCACAGUCUGCAAGCAAGUGCUGGCCUAACACAGGACAGUGCUGCUGCACCUGCUUUUGGGGCUCUGCCUGGCCCUGAUCAGAGUCUGGUUGCCAUGGGCCAGCUGGUACCAGCUGAAGGGGUGGAUGACUCCAGAAGCCUGGAAGGAGGAGAGCAUCAGAUUCUCUUGGGAGAUGUGCAGACUAUUCCAGUACAGAUUGUGGACAGCCAGCCAGCACUUACUGAAGAAAAUACAGAGGGUGUUGUUACCUGUGUGAGCCAAGUUAAACAAGAGCCAAGAGAAAAAGCAUUGUCUAUGGAGACAGAUAAAAUCAGAGACUGCCACAGUUCCUCACCAUAGUACUUCACCUGAAGCCUGGAAGGAUUUUUCAAAUUGGAGAACUCUAAAUGUCUUGGAAGGAAAGGCAGGUGCUCUCAAAGUACUGCCAUUCUCUUUUAAUUGUAUUAUGACAUUUGGACUAAGCGUAUUUUAGAGUAGUUAUGACAGAAAGCUGUUUUGGUUUGACUGAUGUGGCUCACUGCCAACUCCAGGUCAUUCAGUUGCCCCAUGGAACACCACCUCUCUCUUCUGUUUCAAGUUUUGAGUAAUUUGGAUUCUAUCCAAAUGGCCUGUUUUGUUAAUUGUUUCUGAAGGUCUUCCACAAUUUAAUUCCUUAGCUUUAGAAUGUGGAUCACAAUGCUGGGUUUGCAUUUUCUUCUUGAGACCCUUGACUCUUAUUGCACUACAGAGACCAUAGAAUCUGUCAGCUCCAAGAUCACAGAAUCCAACAGCAAAGCGAUCAGUAUGACAAUGGUUUUGUGACAAAAAGAAGGUCCAGGUUGCUAAACUUCAAAGUGAUAAAGGACAUGGAUGCUUAAGAAAAUGCAGCUUUGACCUGAUCAUAAUGUUAAUGGUGUGAAGAUCAAGGAGAGGAGAAAGGUCAGAAGCUAUCCAGUUGGUCUACCCAACAACAGCAGCUAAGAACAUGAAGUAUUUCAAACUGCCCCUCAAAACCACCAUGCUCAGAGCCUGAAAGGAUCACUUACCUCUGAGAGCACUCCAGAUAACUGUCAAGAAGCCAGAGCAGAGAACAGAAGAGGAAAAGAAGUUUGCAAAAAGCUGCUUUCAGGAGAUAGAAAGCUCUCAAACUUACAGCUGAAGACUGCAAUUUCUUAUGGCUGAAAUGGCUCACUUUAGAUGUGUACUAGUUAUCUUCUGAAUGUAAACUGGUCUGAUAACCCCAUGUUUUUGGCUGUUGACAAAGCUGUUAUCGCAUCUGAGGUGUUCUGUACAUCGGAGAUGGAGGAAGUGGGAACCUUCUUGACCUUAUUUCUACUGAGAACAGAUGAUCUGUGGAAAGAGGGCUUUACCAGUUUAAAAUCAAUAUCCUCACAAUAAUUUGGUGCAUGUACAUGUUUUUCAUGUCAGGUGCUUGUGCGUGUCUAACUUUGUACAUGAUAGAAGCCAUAAAAUUACCUCUCACUGGCCUAGCCAUAUUUUUUAUUGUCUCCUACCACUGUACUCAUUGUUUUUUGGGAAUGGGACAAUCAUUUUAACAUGUUCUCGUUUUCUACUUUUCUGCCUUUCUCCUGUUGCCUCUUUCUCAUACCCAGAGCAGCACAGAAACAGAUUUCUUACUUUAAAAAGACUUCUCCAUCCUCAGUUUCCCAUGCUUUGGGGUUUUCUCUUUGCUUUAUUGUGCUGGACUUUGAUUUCUUACAUGACUGAAAUGUAAGAUAUUUUGCUUAAGGAGUGGGAAAUAUUGGGAUGGGCUCCACUGCCCCCUUCACUCCAGAAGUCCUCAGAGGAAUUACCUACCACAGGUUCUGCUCCUGCACCUGUAUCUCCACACAGGCCAGCACAAGCACAGAACUGUGCUGAUGCUCUUUGUGUACCAGCAUGUUAUCAGUACAAAGUUAUUGCUGUGAAUCCAGAUCAGUCUGUGGGUCUGCCCCACUGUGUCCCCACAAAUGACUCUUUGGGCACAGCUUGAAAGAGAGCACAGGAAACAGCCAGAAAGUUCUUAAUGUUCAACUUUUAGUUUGUGAUUCUGUAUUGAGUUCAGGUGCCCUGGUGUGGUUGGCCCUGUGCAGGACACAGCUGGUUCCAAGCAGCUCAGCAACAGCCCCACCAUGGGACACAGCUGAGCACAUCGGUGAAGCUGGGGCACCUCUGUGGCAGUGUCUGUAAGAAAGGGCAAAAUGCUGCAUGGCAGAGAGGAGUGAGGAAGAAGGUGAAAGAGUUCUCUGAGCACCCAAGUCAGAAAAGAAGAAGAGGGAGGAAUUGCUUCUGGUGCUGGAAAUUCGGACCACAGAGGAUCACAUGCCAGAGCAGGUGCAGAUUUUUCUGAAGGAACUGCAGUCUGUGGAGAGGAGCCAUGCCAGAACAGGCUUCUGCUGAAGGACUGCAGCCUGUGGAGAGAGCCCAUGAUGGAGUGACAGAAAGAAGCUGUUACAGACUGACUGCAACACCCAUGUUCCACUUUGCCCUGUGCUGCCUUGGACAAGGGGAGACAGAGAAGUUGGGGCUUCAAAGUGUAAAAGAGGGCAACAGAAUGGAAUGUGCUGUUUUAAUUUGCUUUUGUUUCUUAGUGAUUUAAUCUAUUUUAAUUGGCAAAAAAUUAAAUUGGCUUUCCUCAUAUUGAUUCAAAUAUUGAAAUUUACAUCUGGAUGCCAGUCAUGGUGGAAAAUCCUGAUUUCUGUUUGAUCACUGCAAGUCAUUAUUGCCUUUAAUUUUUAAGUAAUCAAAUUUUAAUUUUUAAGGAUUCAUUCUGUGUGAAGAAAGUAGUGUACCUUGUCUGAAUCAGUAAUUACAUUUCUGGAUGUAUUCUGGUUAGGCCUUUCAAGUUCAGUGUACUCACCUCUUCACUAGAGUAGAUCUCGGCGAUGAAAUAACUCAGGAACAUGUCUAAUCUGUUACAUUUCAGCUGGAAAAGAAUACCAGCCAUAUUUUUACAGGUUUGAGCAUGGGAGAGUCAUUCUGAGGAGAUGAUGCUGCAGCAUUAUUUACUUUGGUAAAGCUGUUUUUACAGGUGUUAAGGAUGUGGCAUCUUCCCAGUGUUGUCUAGCAGUGCUUCAGAAUGGGGCAAAGUUUGUGGUGAGUGGCAUCUUCAGUGAAAGUGCUGUUAACUUUGGGCAAAGAAAUAAGCAGAGUUUGUGAAUGGGAUUUAUACUCUUGUGCUUUUCAGAGAUUAUUUAGGAAAAUAAUAAAAGUAAUAAGAAUCAUAAGUAAUAGUAAAGUAAUAAGUAAAAUAAUAAGUAAUAAGAAUAAGAAGGGAACUUCCUUUAGAGGAUAAGUUUUAUAUGUAUGUUCUUUCACCACCUUUGGAAAAUACCUGGCACUGGACACCAAGGGUAUCUAGGCAGGGUACUAGGUGACAUGACACACUUACUGGUUUAUUAUGGGAGCACUGGAAUACAAACAUGAUGGAUAGCUUCCUAACAUUAGCUAAAUUAAUCUUCAUUUUUUUUGUCCUCUCUCUUCACAUUUCACUAUAAAGGGAAGAGUCUCUGUUAAAGGGAACAUGGUGAAUUGUUAUCUGUCCAUAAAACUGUUUGUGAACAGUUGGAUGAAAAGGACUUCUUUGAUAAUGAAUUAGAUGAGCUUUGGAAAGAAUUGCACUGUCACUGUAACUUCAAGUAUUUUCUUCUAAAGAUAUUGCUCACUAUUGAUUAUUGUCUUACUGUUUAUUUGCUGUAUAAUUUAUUUGUUAAGCUUUUCUGGCCAUGUCAAGGCCAUGGAAGUAAUACAUAUGGCAGUUCUCUUUUCCUUUGAAGUUUUACAAAAGGGGUAAGAAUUCUUCAUUUUGCAUUUAGGCACCAGCUGCUCUGUAAAAAUCCAUGAUUAUCUGUGUUCCAUAGCUACCAAAAAAUACCAAAAAGUAUUCCAUAAACUUGUGAUUUUUCCUUGGAUCAGGCAAAGUGAGUUUGACAUCUUUAAAAAAAAAAAAAGGCAGACUACACUAGAACCAAAUUUAGCAUCUUCAGGAGCUGUGACCUAGGGUUCAUCAGUUGCAAUUGUAAAAAGAUUGAUGUUUUCAUAGUGAAAUGUUUUCAUUAAUCUAAUUUAAUCUAUGAACAGAAGUAUCUUCAUUUCUCUUAUUUCAGACUUCUGAACUCCUUUGCAAAAUGAGAGAUCGCUAGUGAGAUUAGCUAAUAACUGCAAAAAUGGAAAAGUUUCACUGAGAACAGGUGUGGUAACAAAAUGUACCAUAAAGUCAGCCAGCAUAAUUAACAUUAGUAAGGUAAGAUCUUUCAGAGGUUAACUACAGGCUAAUACUUUUGGUGGGACACUGAUGUUUAUUCUGAUCUUGCAAACAAAAAUAAUGUUUAUGAGCCAUUUGCAGAAUGAACUGGGAAAUAAAGCACUUUGUAAAAUGCCA